CACAUUCACUGCACACACACAUCCUGUUCAGAUCACAGCUCACAUAGUUUCAGCUCUCAGGAAGUGAAACUCAGACACUCGCUGCCACUGAGAGCUGAAAUGGCGCAGAAAGGAGUUCAGCUGGACCGGGAAACCUUCUCUUGUUCGAUCUGUCUGGAUCUACUGAAGGAUCCGGUUACGACUACCUGUGGACACAGCUACUGCAUGAAGUGUAUUAAAGGCUUCUGGGAUGGAGAGGAUGAGAAGAAGAUCCACAGCUGCCCUCAGUGUAGGCAGAGCUUCACACCGAGGCCUGUCCUGCUGAAAAACACCAUGUUAGCAGCUUUAGUGGAGGAGCUGAAGAAGACUGGACUCCAAGCUGCUCCUGCUGAUCACUGCUAUGCUGGAGCUGAAGAUGUGGCCUGUGAUUUCUGCACUGGGAGAAAACUGAGAGCCUGUAAGUCCUGCCUCGUGUGUCUGGCCUCUUAUUGUGACCAACACCUCCAGCCUCAUUAUGAAUUAGCUGUAUUUAAAAAACACAAGCUGGUGGAGCCCUCCAAGAAGCUCCAGGAGAACAUCUGCUCUCGUCACGACGAGGUGAUGAAGAUGUUCUGCCGCACUGAUCAGCAGUGUAUCUGUUAUCUCUGCUCUGUGGACGAACACAAAGGCCACGACACAGUGUCAGCUGCUGCAGAGAGGACUGAGAGGCAGAGAGAGCUGGAGGGGAGUCGAGAAAACAUCCAGCAGAGAAUCCAGGACAGAGAGAAGGAGGUGAAGCUGCUUCAGCAGGAGGUGGAGGCCGUCAAUGGCUCUGCUGAUAAAGCAGUGGAGGACAGUGAGAAGAUGUUCACUGAGCUGAUCCGUCUCAUGGAGAAAAGAAGCUCUGAUGUGAAGCAGCAGGUCAGAUCCCAGCAGAAGAGUGAAGUGAGUCGAGUCAAAGAGCUUCAGGAGAAGCUAGAGCAGGAGAUGGCUGAGCUGAAGAGGAGAGACGCUGAUCUGAAGCUGCUGUCUCACACAGAGGAUCACAACCAGUUUCUGCACAGCUACCCCUCACUGUCAGCCCUCAGUGAACCUACACACUCAUCCAGCAUCAACAUCCGUCCUCUGAGCUACUUUGAGGACGUGACGGCGGCCCUGUCAGCAGUCAGAGACAAACUACAGGACGUCCUGAGAGAGGAAUGGACAAACGUCUCACCGACUGAAGUGAAUGUUUUACUGUCAGCAGCAGAGCCCACCACCAGAGCUGGGUUCUUACAAUAUUCACAGGAGAUCACUCUGGAUCCAAACACAGCAUGCACAGAUCUGUUAUUAUCUGAGGGGAGCAGAAAAGCAACAUUCAUGGAACAACAACAGUCUUAUUCUAGUCACCCAGACAGAUUCACUCAUUGUGUUCAGGUCCUGAGUAGAGAGAGUCUGACUGGACGCUGUUACUGGGAGGUGGAGCGGAGAGGGGGAAAAGUUCGUGUUGCAGUCGCAUACAAGAAUAUCAGCAGAGCAGGGAGUGGAUGUGGAUUUGGAUACAAUGACAAAUCUUGGUCCUUAGAGUGUAACCAAAACAGUUUUUCAUUUUGUUACAACAAUAUCAAAACUCCCGUCUCAGGUCCUCAGUCCUCCAGAGUAGGAGUGUACCUGGAUCACAGAGCAGGUAUUCUGUCCUUCUACAGCAUCUCUGAAACCAUGACUCUCCUCCACAGAGUCCAGACCACAUUCACUCAGCCGCUACAUGCUGGAGUUUGGCUUUAUGGUGGAACCACAGCUGAGUUGUGUAAACUGAAAUAGCCUGAAGUCAUUUGAGGAACUCUUCUACUUCUUAAACUCAUUGUGUGUCCAUCAUUGUUGCUGAGAGCUGAUUGUUCAUGUCUUCACUGCACAGAGAUCAGCUGUCAAUCAAACA